UAACACCUUUCACACGGGAUAGUGUCUCGGAGUGAACUUGUGUGUAUGGCUCUUAAAUAGAGCUCGAGACGAGAGGGGGAGACAGAGUUCGGGGCUUCUGAGCAAUGCAAACAGACAAAACAGAGGCCUUGAAUAAAAGUGAAACAGGUUAUUAAUAAUUUACAGUUAAUUCCUUCGAUUGUAAAACAACGCCGUUCACCUGAUAAAAAAUUGACAAGAGAUUUGCAGACGAGGAGCUGUGUGUGCACUUGCCGUCUUUUAAUUAUUGAAGCGCAUUUUACAGGAUCCCUGAUCGGGGAGUCAGUGUAACCGGCCGCUGCUCCGCUGUAAGCACGAUCAGGAAUAUACGAAGAGGGAAAGCGCACCGACAGACCAUGGAGGAGGUGCCAGUGCAGGUGGCUGUGGGGCUCCAGCAGGUUUCAGACACAGGAGAUGGACACUCGGCCUUCAUCGAGGCGAAAGAUUCAAAAAGUCUGUCAAUCGCCAGUAGAAACAGCGGAGGAGAGAAGAGCCACAGCUUCACAUUCGAUGUUGUCUUCGACCCGGACAGUGAGCAGGAGAGGGUGUACCUGGAGCUGGUGAGGCCGCUGAUAUGUAAAGCAAGGACGGGCUACAACACAUCUCUGGUUGUGUCAGGGACACACACAGGCAGUAAAGCCAGGCUGCUACUGGGAGACGAGCUUCAAACAGGGAUCAUGCACAAGUUGUUGAAGGAUUUGUUUGAAGAUCUGGAACUAAACGAAGAACAGAAAACACUCGCCACAGUUUCACACAUUCAGCUACACACGGACGGUUCUGCUCUCGAUCUACUGAACCCACACGACAGAACAAUGCGAUGUGUCCAACACCCAGUGCUGGGUCUAGUUGUGGAGGAGCUGAGCGAGUUUGUGGUGGGCAGUUGUGAGGAGGCGUGGAGCCUGUACCGACAAGGCAGAGAGGCUGAAAGGCUGGCAGGAGACCUCGCAGACAGGUGCAGUUCAUUGUUCACAGUCACUCUGGAGCAGCGGGAGGUCAGUGCUGGCGUGAGUGUGUGUCGUUCCUCUGUCCGGGUCUAUGAGCUGCCGGGCAGCGCUGGGAAUGGUGUGUCUCCUCUGAAGCGCGCUGUGGAUGAAGCGAAGAUUCACACAGAGCCAGGGCUCGGCUGUACAGAUGCCCUUCUGAGUCAGGCUCUGGGAGGGAACAGGUGCUCUGUGCUGAUAUCCUUUCUACACCUGCCAGAGUCCUGGCCUGGCGAGGCUGCCCUGGCUCUGUCCCUGGCUCGAAGCGCUGCUCUCCUCACCAACCAGGUCCGGCAGAACCGCUGGGAUCCCCCAGAGCUGACGCAGAAGCUCCGACUCCACAUCCGCCAGGCCCGGGAGCAGCUCGGCUCCGGGAAGGACGUGUCGCAGCAGGAGGCGGAGCACUUGGCACAGCUCGUACACGAACUGCAGGUGGUGAAGAAGCAGCGGUGGGAGAAGAAGAGAUUCCAGUCCCAACACUGCCGGGCAGAGAGGAAGCAGCACCUCAUUGCUAAGGGGUUCCUGGAGUUGGCCUUGAAGCUGACGUGCAGCGAGCAGCAGCGAGUGCAGUUGGCAGAGGAGCUCAGACAGACACAACAGCAGAUCAGAGAGGUUAAGGAGCGUCUCAAGAACGAGGUUGGGGCGUAUUUGAAAGCUGAACACGGGGACGAGAGUGAACUGGAAGUCAUCAUCGGGAACAUCCAGCAGCUGCAGACGAGGCUGAAGCAGAGUGAGAGCAACCUGAAGGGGCUCAGACACAAACAGGACCAACUGCACAGUGCGACCAGAGCCGGCUACGAGGGCAGUCCAUCGGCUGAGUCUGAAAUCGACCUCCUGUAUGCAACGGGGCUGGAGAAGAGGAAGUGCUUAGAGGAGGAAAACAUGGCUCUGAUCGAGAGAGAGUUGUCCAAAAUGGAUGAGCAUAGAGCAGAGAAGGCAGGGGGGAGCGAGGCUGCGGGUGGGCCACAGGGGAGCACAGGGCUGCGGAGGGAGCAGGAGCUGCUGGUCCUGUACCUGGUGACCCUGCGCAGGGAGAAAGCCGAGGCCGAGAGGGACCUGCGGGCGCUGUACCAGCAAUGCAGACUGGAGCUGGAGAGACAGAGGUGCCAAAGUCUCGAGAUGCUCCGUAUGUUCCGCGAGGUGUCCGAGAAUCAGCGGGAAGCUCAGGACAAACGUUACCGCAAGCUGCUGGAGGAGGCCAUACAGGACACCCUGUACCUCGCUGCCCAAACACAGCACCUGGAGCUGGAGAAUAGACAGCUGAAAGACGCAGCGAUGAAGCAGCGAGAGCAGCAGGCUGUCCACCUGCAGCCAGACAGCGGAGAGUUCUCACCAACAUAACCCACUCGUGGGCCAAAAAAAACAGGUCUUCCCCAGUGGCCGAAUACCCACUACGCUCCACCGUCCUGACUCGCCCACCAAUAAUGGCCACUUGGGAGAGGACCAGUUUUCAUUACACUGUGGACGACCUUUUAAUCUCAUUUCGCCAACCCUUUGCCAUAGCCCAUUAUACACUUACACCCCACAUUUGUGUCUGACUCUCUUUUAAACUGUCAACUGACGUGGUAUCUAUGGUCUCUAGGCUGGGCAGUGUGAGUUGUUUUUGUCCUGUGUUCUUGUAUUUUAUGUUGAAAUAAAGCUAUCGCAGUGUCUAA